AUGCUUUCAAGGGCCACAACACUUGCGGCGCUUAUCCUGUGUGCCAGCCGUGGCCACGCAAGGACCUGCUCAAGCCUCCAGCAAUACGUCGAUUGGGCUCUCGUAUGGACAUCAAACUGCCGGCCUAGUGGAGUCGUGGAUACGAACUUCUCUUGGUUUGACACGUGUACUUGGAUUGAUUGCGACUGUUUGUGGGGUGCCUUGUCUGCGCCAGUGGCCACUGACGAGCUGGCACCCUGUCUGGAGGAAUCUGUUGCUAAGGAGCUGCUGGGUCAGGAGACGAAAUGGUUCCUGACUUCGCUAUUCAGAACUUGCAGGACGCAAACCGACGAGCUGUCUAAGCCAUGCGGCAAGUGCGACAAAUACAGAGACUUCAAUCAAUGCGGAGCACUUGAAUGA